AUGUCAGAUUCAACUAAUAAAGGAAAAUCAAAACUCCCUGACAACGCAGCUCCCCCAUCAAAUUCAGAUCCAGAUCCAAAUGAUCCAGCAACCGCAAUAUUGCGCAAGAAACCGGCUCCUAAUAAACUUAUUGUUGAUGAUGCGACAAAUGAUGAUAAUUCGGUGAUGACAGUCUCGCCUGCCACCAUGGAACGAUUACAACUCUUCCGUGGUGAUACUGUACUGAUCAAAGGCAAAAAGAGACGAGAUACUGUAUUAAUUGCAUUAAGUGAUGAUAGUACUGAUGAUACUAAAGUUAAAAUUAAUAAAGUUGUGCGAAACAACCUUCGUGUUCGUCUUGGUGACGUUGUUUCAAUCCACUUAUGUUCUGAAAUCAAAAAUGGCAAUCGCAUUCAUGUUUUACCAAUUGAUGACACAAUUGAGGGUGUGACAGGCAACCUAUUCGAUGUAUACCUAAAACCAUACUUCUUGGAAGCAUACCGACCAGUAAGGAAAGGUGAUUUGUUUUUGGUUCGUGGUGGUAUGAGAGCCGUGGAAUUCAAAGUCUCACCUGAAACUGUAAUACAUUGUGAAGGUGACGCAAUUCGUCGUGAAGACGAAGAGGCGAACCUUAAUGAUGUUGGAUACGAUGAUAUUGGGGGUUGUCGGAAACAAAUGGCACAAAUCCGUGAACUUGUUGAACUUCCGCUACGACAUCCCCAACUUUUCAAAUCUAUUGGUAUAAAGCCACCACGUGGUAUUUUGAUGUAUGGCCCACCGGGCACAGGUAAAACUUUGAUGGCUCGUGCCGUUGCAAAUGAGACUGGCGCCUUUUUCUUCUUAAUAAAUGGACCCGAAAUUAUGUCAAAGAUGGCUGGCGAGUCAGAAAGCAAUCUAAGAAAAGCUUUUGAGGAAGCUGAGAAAAAUAGUCCCGCUAUUAUUUUCAUUGAUGAAAUUGAUGCUAUAGCACCUAAACGUGAAAAGACUAAUGGAGAAGUGGAACGACGUGUAGUAUCGCAACUUUUAACCUUAAUGGACGGAAUGAAAGCACGGUCCAAUGUAGUUGUGAUGGCAGCCACUAAUCGACCGAAUAGUAUCGAUCCUGCCCUUCGACGUUUCGGGCGGUUUGAUCGUGAAAUAGAUAUUGGUAUUCCUGACCCGACAGGUCGUUUGGAAAUUUUGCGAAUUCACACAAAGAAUAUGAAACUGGAUGAUGAUGUUGAUUUAGAACAGAUUGCCUCGGAAACUCACGGUUAUGUUGGUUCUGAUAUAGCCUCACUUUGCUCUGAAGCUGCCAUGCAACAAAUCCGUGAAAAGAUGGAUCUCAUUGACCUUGAAGACGAGACUAUUGAUGCAGAAGUACUAGACUCGUUAGCGGUGACUAUGGAAAAUUUCCGAUAUGCAUUGGGCAUAUCAAAUCCGUCAGCAUUACGUGAAACUGUAGUUGAAGUACCCACAGUCACGUGGAACGACGUAGGUGGUCUCGAAAAAGUAAAACAAGAAUUACAAGAAACAGUUCAAUAUCCGGUCGAGCACCCUGAAAAAUUCCUCAAAUUCGGUAUGUCACCGUCAAAAGGUGUCUUGUUUUAUGGCCCACCGGGAUGCGGUAAAACUUUAUUGGCUAAGGCUAUUGCAAACGAAUGUCAGGCAAAUUUCAUCUCUAUAAAGGGUCCUGAACUACUGACUAUGUGGUUUGGUGAAUCAGAAGCAAAUGUUCGUGACGUUUUUGACAAAGCACGAGCAGCCGCCCCUUGUGUAAUGUUCUUUGAUGAACUGGACUCGAUUGCCAAAGCUCGAGGUGCUUCAAUAGGUGAUGGUGGCGGUGCUGGUGACCGUGUGCUCAAUCAAAUUCUCACAGAAAUGGAUGGCAUGAACGCAAAAAAGAACGUGUUUGUAAUCGGUGCCACUAAUCGACCUGACCAAAUAGACCCCGCAUUACUUCGUCCUGGUCGUCUUGAUCAAUUAAUCUAUAUUCCACUCCCUGACGAACCAUCUCGUUUAUCAAUUCUAAAUGCCACUUUAAGAAAAUCACCAGUCUCGUCAGAUGUCGAUCUAACCUAUUUAGCAAAAUCGACGCACGGAUUUUCUGGCGCUGAUUUGACUGAAAUUUGUCAACGUGCUUGUAAGUUGGCUAUUCGAGAGAGUAUCGACAAAGAAGUACAGCGUGAACGUGCGCGUAAGGAAAAGCAAGAAGAAGCUGGUGCUGAAGCAAUUAUGGAUGAGGACGACGAAGAAGAUCCAUCUCGCGGAUUCGCAUCAAACUUCAAAUUCCCUGAAGGUGGAGUCGGUGGAUCUUCAUCACUUGACGCUGGAGUCGGUGGAUCUGCAUCAUUCGAUGGCGCAGCGGCCAGCGGUGGUGCAAGUGCAAUGGAUACGGGUAGUAAUAGUGGGUUUGGUCAAGAUCCUGGUGAUGAUGAUUUAUAUGCUUAA